AUGCAAAUGACUGAGAGAGGCCGAGCCAUGUGGCGCACGUGCCUAGCCUCUGCCUUCCGUACAGCUCUAGCUUGCACUAUCGUUGGCGCAGCAACACUCUACGGACCCGAAUGGAUCCUCCGACACGUGGCAUUCCCGGCGUUUUCUUACGUCACGGUCAUUCUGAUCAUCACCGACGCUACGCUCGGCGACACGCUACGUGGCUGCUGGCUCUCCCUUUACGCCACGUGUCAGAGCGUUGGACCCGCGAUCAUUACACUAAAGCUUAUAGGACCAGCUCGUCUCACGGCCGAAACUACUGCUCUAGCCGCUGGUUUAGCAGCGUUCGUCGUGGUCCUCCCUAAUGGUUUAACCCAUUUGGUGGCUAAGCGGGUCGCGCUAGGCCAGAUCGUUCUUAUAUAUGUUAUUGCUUAUAUAAAAGGAGCUGAGACUGAGCCAGUCAUGCACCCGCUUCAAGUCGCAGCUAGCACUGCGCUUGGUGUUAUAUCUUGCGUUCUAGCACUUCUUGUCCCACUUCCUCGCUUAGCUACUUGCGAGGUGAAACAAAGCUGCAAAGAGAUUGGUCAAAAUGUAACGACCAGAGUGAAGCUAUACAUGAAGGCUUUUUGUUCCGAUGAUACCACGUCAGCAAUGGCUUCAGUUUCACAAGCCCGAGAGUUGGCUCGUAUUUCAUCCAAGCUUUAUCAAACCAUCAAACGCUACCAACCAAGCAUGAAAUGGGAGAGGCUUCCAUUUAAGGUAUGGAGAUGGCAAAACGUGAACGAUAACAAAGGAGAGAAACUACAAAGCAUGGAGAUUGCUCUUCGAGGUAUGGAGAUGGUUUUAGCAAGCAAAUCUCCUAUCCCUGCUAGCUUACUUGCGGGGGAAGUAAAAGAUGGUCUCAAGAACAUACAAGAACGUGUGAUUCUCUCAGUCAAACGAGUAAACAACAUCCCGCAACCAACGGUAACUCCAGAAAUUGAUCUAGAAAAACCCGACGAGUGCCUCCAAACACUUCAAGAAAUCCCGGAAACACCUCAAGAUUUGCCAUUUUAUUUCUUCUUGUUCUGCCUUAGGCUCCUUGAAACCAUCUCAAUAGCUAAACCGGAGGAAAACAAAGUAAAACCGGAGGAGAACAAGGGCUCAGCCAAAUCCAAGAGUAGGUCUUGGAUUAGUGAUUGGGACAGCAAGAAGCUUAUGCCGGCGGUAAAGCUAUCGCUUUCAUUAGGUUUAGCGAUAUUUCUAGGCUCAUUGUAUAGUAAGCCAAACGGGUAUUGGGCUGGUUUACCGGUAGCGAUCAGCUUUGCGGCUGCGAGAGAGGCGACGUUUAAAGUGGCGAAUGUCAAGGCACAAGGGACAGUGAUAGGGACAGUGUACGGAGUGAUGGGUUGUUUUGUAUUUCAGAGGUUUUUGACGGUCAGGUUUCUUUCUUUGCUUCCAUGGUUUAUCUUCUCUAGCUUCUUGAACAAGAGCCAGAUGUACGGACAAGCCGGAGGGAUAUCCGCAGCGAUUGGAGCCGUUUUGAUUCUUGGAAGGAAGAAUUUCGGACAGCCAAGCGACUUUGCGAUCGACAGAAUCAUAGAGACUUUUAUCGGCUUGUCUUGUUCGAUCAUGGUGGAGCUUAUCUUCCAGCCGACCAGAGCUGCUAAUGUAGCCAAACUUGAGCUCUCUAGAAGCUUCCAUGCUUUGUACGAGUGUGCAAGCUUGUUUGGAGCGAAAGCGAGCAAAGCUGAUAUAAUGGAGAGCCAAAAGAAGCUGAGAAGCCAUUUGAAUAUGCUCAAGAAGUUCACGGAAGAAGCUCAAGCAGAGCCGAAUUUCUGGUUUUCUCCCUUUAACGCUUCUUGCUACGAAAAGCUAUUCAAAUCACUGUCUAAAAUGGCUGAUCUAUUACAAUUCAGCGGUCACGCCAUAGGGUUUCUUGGAAAGCAAGGAAAAGCAAAAUCACCACAAUGCAAAGAGAUUCUGAGCGCUGUAGACAAAGAUCUGAAGAGUCUAACAGAGAGCAUAGGUCUUUUAGCCAAAUCUUUCGAAGAAAUCACUCUUCUCAAAUCACUAGAUGCCCUCGAAAAGGCGCUAACUAAGAACGGCAACAGCUCAUGGGAUAUUGAGUUGGGGAAGACACCAAAUCCUAGUUUCUCAGGCCCCGCUACCGAGCCAGAGAAGAUUUUGGAGACGUAUCUACAACACUGCAGAGGAGUCGCGGAUGGGAUGUUUCUUGUGGAAGAAGAAGGUGAUCAAGAAGAAGUGAAAGUGGACAAGAGUGAGGUUGUGUUGAGUUUGAGUGCAUUAGGGUUUUGUGUGGAGAAAAUGGGGAAAGAGACAAGAGAGGUCGAGGAGAUGGUUAAAGAAGUUGUGCAAUCGGAGAAUCCUUCAAGCCACGUUAACUUGCAUGAGAUCUCUUGCAAAAUACGUUCUUUGUACUAG